AUGGGAAGUGAUUACUGCUUACCGGUCAGAAAUGGCAACCAAGCAUCCCUGAAAUCCUCUCCAUUCUUAUUUUAUAAAGUAGGGGUGCCAGUUAUACAGCUGAAAAGCAAAGUCCACAAAAAAGUUCCAGCGAGAUGGGCGAGCAAAGGCUAGAGUCCCAGAAGAGCAUGAAUGCAGACUCUGAGCAAAGCUGCCUUACCCCUGGUGCUAGAGCAAAGCCCACUGGCUCAAGUCUCUAUGUUUCUGGCAAUGAGCCCUGUGUUGUUGGAGUUCAUGAGAGAGCUCCCUGGAUGGCUCCUGUUCUCUGGGGUCUUCCUGCCUGUGACUUUACUGCUUCUCCUCCUCAUUGCCUACUUCAGGAUUAAGCUGAUUGAGGUUAAUGAAGAAUUGCCCCAGAUUCCUGAUUACCAGCACGACAACCACCAACAAUUUCACAGUCACAAAUCUGACUCUUCCUUGUACCAGAGAAUGAAAGCAAACAUGACUGUUGGCAACUGAUCAAUGGCUAAAGCACAAAGGAUUUCUUCUGAUCAGAGCAAUGGCCAAUGUUUUAACUAAUGGAGUAGGAUAAUAAAGAAUCCUAGCACAAGGAGGAGGAGCAGAACGAGGCAGCAAAAUGCUUGUUCUAAACCAUAUUGAGAAGUGGCAGGUUACAAUCCAAGAUGGUUUUGAGAAGACUACAUGGAAAUAGUAGUUCUUUGGACAGUGCCAAAGACUCCCCCCCCCCCAAUGUACACUAUGGAUUCACAUUGUGAGUUUUAUGACUUUUAGUACUACGUUUAUUCUGAAGGGACUGUAUGUAAAAUAAAAUUCUUAAGCAUCAUUAUUACAUAAUCCUACACAUACCCACAUUACUCUGGUCUGGAUUUAAAGGUGGAAAAAGAGGAUAGUAUACAUUAGACUUGAGAGCUCUGGAGUUCCUAGGCAAGACUAUGCCCAUUUCUCAUCUUGUAGUUUAGUAACUCUUAUAUGACAGCUCCCCACGCUAUAUUUUUCUAGAUUUUGUUUGUUUUGUCAUGCCUGGGGCUUCAUAAUCCCAUGAUGAUAUUUUUUCAGAUGGAGGGAGAUGAAGAAAGAGAAAAAUACCAUAGCACUGAGGUUUCCACUGGUGUAGUGUGUGUGUUUGUGGGGGGGGGGGGCAGGCUUGAAUUCUCUUGUGUGUGUAGCAGAACAGAAGCCCUCUUACUUACUGGCAUACAAGCUUCAUUUCUGGCCCUACAUUUGGUUCUUUUUCCCAGUUGUUUUUAUCAUUGUGGCUGACAACUGCCAUUGUCAUUGUGGCAGACAAUCCCAUAACAAGCCUUGGAGUCUCUUUUACUAGGCCUGGGUCACCCAUGAACGUACUUCUUUUUUUUUUUUUUUUGCAUGACAUGGCUUGGAUGUAACAGGCAAUUUGGUUUUGAGAAAAGAGAACAUAAUGCUCAUGUAACUCAUGCGAAGAGUAAUUCAAGUCUUUGCUUCUAAAACCAAGACUUUAGAGAGUUAUUUCUAAAUGUGAAAAGAAGUCAGCAUCCUCUCUUUCUGUAGAAGUCCAAAGUAUUAACAAGAGUAAGUGAAAAAAAUACUAAUUCAAAGUAGUAGUUAAAACUGAUUGUGAUUACUGUUGUGCUAUUCACUUUUUUUUUUCUAGUUAACAUUAACAAAAGAUGGUUAACAGGGGCUUGGAGCUAAGUGCACAUAGUCAUUAAGCACGGGGAUCUGAGGAUCCCAGUUCAAGCCUCCACUCCCCAUCUACAGGGGGGAUGCUUCAUGAGUAGUGAAGCAGGUCUGCCAGUGUUUAUCUUUCUCUCCCCUUAUCUCUCCCACCCCACUCAAUUUCUCUCUGUCAUUUCUAAUAAAAUGGAAAAAAUGGCCCUGGGGGGGUGGUGGAUUUGUAGUGCUGCCAUCAAGCCCUAGCAAUAACCUGGAGGUAAAUAAAAUAAAAUAAAAUGAUUAACAUGUCCUAAAAUGUAAGUCUAGUUACAUGCCAUUUUUAAAUAUGAAUCUACUAGGACAUUAAGUGCAUCAUUUUCCACAGUGACAAUCACACACACAGGUUAUGUGGAUGCCCAAAAGUAAGAAUAUACCAUUGGGGGAGUCAGGCAGUAGUGCAGUGGGUUAAGCGCAGGUGGGGCAAAGCACAAGGACCAACUGUCUUCCCCUCCCCUCUCCAUUUCUCUCUGUCCUAUCCAACAAUGAAAGCAUCAGUAACUACAAUAAUAAAACAAGGGCAACAAAAGGAAAUAUAUAAAAAUAAUAAUAACAACAAAGAAUAUACCAUUGGUUCUGCCCAUAACCCUGACUCAUUUUUUCCCCUCUAUACAUCCAGUGAGCUAUAUGUCUCCAUUUGGACUUCUUGCAUAAGAUAAAAAUCACCAUUCAACUGAAGACACUCAUUUCUGUGUUUUAUUGCAUUUGAUUACAAUAAAAAUGUCUGCUGGGGAUUUCUGACUGAGGUAAUUUAGAAUAACAGUGUUCAUGCCAUAUGGAAAGAAUAUCAAUAUUCUUUAAGUUCUGGGAGGGCUCUCUUUUUAGCCCUGGUGGAAACCAGCUUAUGUAAAAAUGCUUUCUUUAGCAGAAAGUGUGAGAAGAUGCAUCAUAUUCCCAGCUGCCAGCCAACCAUCCUGUGGUCUGGUCACCAGGGUUUGCUCUUUCUUACUCUCAAAAUAGGAAUUUCAGAAACAUGACUUCAUCCUGAUAUAUGUUUUCCCACCAUCUCUGCCUUACCAGGGAAAAUGCUUCUCAGUUUCUGUGGUAACAUGGUCUUAGCAGAAAGCAUUAUAAAGUGAUUCAAAGCCAUACCCACUUCUUUUCUUGGUGUUGAGUAAAAGAACUUCCAAUAAAGUCCUGACUA